AUGCUGGCAAUUUUAACAUUAUGCAUUGUCAGUGUCGCAAGUGUUUCGACUUCAAAUGAUAAAAAUGUAUUUGGUAAUUCUUUAGAAAUUUGCUGCACUGAUCCUAUAACUGGCUUUUAUCGAAAUGGGUACUGUUCAACUGGUCCUACAGACCAUGGAAAGCAUGUAGUUUGUGCAACAGUAACUGAUCGAUUUUUGCAAUUUUCAAAAUCUGUAGGCAAUGAUUUGUCAACACCAAAUCCUGACUAUAAUUUUCCAGGAUUAAUUGCUGGUAACUGUUGGUGCUUGUGUGCAUUAAGGUGGAAAGAAGCAAUGGAAAACGGAUGUGCACCUCCACUAAACCUAUCCGCAACUCAUCAGAGAAUGCUUGAAUUUGUUCCUUUAGACAGGUUGCUGCAAUAUAACAAUGUAACUUAUACACAAGCCAACCAAUACACAAAUGGUUAUGGCAGUGGUAGUGGUAGUGGAAAUAAUCAUGUAUUAGAUGAAUAG